GCUUUACAGCGCUGUUUUUCUAAAUAUCCAUCCACGUUGCCGCUAUUUUGCCUCCCCUCCCCAUCAGCGGGGAAUGGACUGUUUUAGAAAUUACCUGCCGUGACCCCUCACCCACCAGCUGAUGGAGGAUCACCACAAAAAGAUGCAAAGCGAUAGUUGUGACCCAGACAGGCCCACUCAUCCCGGGACUUUCCCAACCUGUGAGGCCGGGAGGAGCGACCACCAGCCGGCGGAACGCAGCGUGGACUUCCCGGUGUCAGUCGUUCUCCCUGCCGGAGGCACCGGGGAAAGAACCGGUCUACAGACACCGAAACAGUUCUGCCUGUUUAUGGGUCGGCCGCUCAUAAGCUACACCAUACAGGCUUUCGAGAGGGUGUCAUGGAUCCAGAGCAUUGUGGUCGUUGUUGCCAGAGAACACAUGGACCUCAUGACGGACAUCGUCCAGCAGUUCCAGCACACGAAGGUUCGAGUGGUGCCAGGCGGCUCGACUCGCCACAGGUCGAUAUAUAACGGAGUCCUGGCUCUGGGGGAGGGGAGGCCGGUGGCGGACAAACCGAAGGUGGUCCUCAUCCACGAUGCUGUGCGGCCUUUUGUGGAGGAGGAUUUUCUGUACAAGAUAGCCAUGGCUGCCAAGGAACAAGGAGCAGCAGGAGCUAUCCGACCUCUCGUUUCCACGGUGAUAGCCACCACAUCAGAGGGCUACCUGGACCAUUCUCUCGAGCGAGCAAAGUACAGAGCCAGUGAGAUGCCUCAGGGAUUCACAUAUGAUGUCAUCUAUCAAGCCUAUCAGAAGUGCAGUGAGUCAGACUUUGAGUUCGGCACAGAGUGUCUCCAUCUGGCUCUGCAGUACUGUGGCACCAACGCAAAGCUCAUCCAGGGCCCGCCAACACUGUGGAAGGUAACCUACAAACGAGAUUUGGCUGCUGCAGAGUCCAUUAUCAAAGAUACUCUAUCGCGGUCGGCGUGUGCUAUCACAGGUGGAUCUGCACAAGCCGUCACACUGGCUGGUGCCCUCCAGAAAGCCGUUGGAGCUCUCAACAUGGAGCUGGCAGUCAUCCCAGAUCUGACGGGAGAAAAUGGCGGGUAUCUGUUAAAGGACUGGAACUUCAUCCAGGUUUCUGUCAAUCGUUCUUGCCUGUCGGAAGUGGAUGCUUUACUGACAGAUCUGGAGGCAGCGAAACAGGCUCUCCUCCACCCGCUAGUUGUUAUUUUGGUGCUAUUGAGUGGUUCAGAUGAGCUGUCCGUCAGUGGGAGAGCGGUGGAGCCAGAAGCUAUCAUGGACCUGGCCUCAGCAGCAAAGCUCCGAAAUAUUCUUCUCUAUGGCAUCCAGCUUCAUCAGUCAAAGGACACCCAGCGUUGGGAGAGGUCCGUGUCGAGGGUCGCUGAGAUCACGUCAGCCCUGAUCCGGGACAGGAGCCCCGCCCUGGUGGGACAGCUUCUGCAGGCAUGAAGAGAAGCAGCAUGGACAGAAAACCCCCUCACCAUGACUCAUGAACAUAGCAGGGAUAAGACAGUUGGCUUUAUUUUAGCCUUCUUUACCAAUUACAGCGAGUUUAAAGGGAUACUCCCACCAUUAAGUACAGCUGUUUCACAAAGCAUGGGGACUUUCAGGACCACCUUAAAAGAGAAAUGACAAAAUGUAAGCAGAACAGUCCUAAGUGUGGGUCCCUUGGCUAGAGGGUCUAGAGACCAUGUUUUUAUAAUCACCAGAAAGUGGAAAAAUGAUGUUUGUAUGCGGUGUUCACAGAAGGCUUUAAUGCAACCUGUGCCUCUUCAAGUUAAGAGAAUGUGAAGCGUUUGGAGUUAAUCUACUGUAUUGUGACAUGAAUCAUGAUAACUACUGCUUGUACCACUGGAUAAAGUUGCUCAUGACUGACGCUAAUAUGUUAUAAAAUGGUUUAUAUAUAUUUUUACUCUAUAAAAUCUGCUUAUUUAAAACAAUAAACAGUUACUCUAAUGAUGGCUUUGUAUUCAUGGUGGUAGGACCCUUAAAUCAAAGCAACUAUAGAAUACAGCCAAACCUAUUUUCAUAAUUUACACCUGUGCUCUUCCUCAUUUGACAAGUAAAAUUACUUUUGUGAAAAUUUGCUCUCAACUUAAACUUUGUUUUUUGUGAAUGAGGCUCUGGACUUAUUCCAAUGAUGCUUCUCCUCUCCUUUUGUGAGUAGCCCUCCUCUGGAGAUCACCUGACCAUUCUCCUGUCUCUGCUGACCCUCAUCAUCUUCAUCUUCAUCUGUCUCAUUACACACAGAGGACAGCUUUCAGUCACUCUCUGCUAGGUGAUUUAUACUGCUAAGCUGUUAUAGUGCUACAGCCAAACUCUUACUUACCUUUACUUACUAGAAAUCUUCUUGCAUAUACAUUCUUGCCUUCUUAGUUUGUCAUGGCCAAAACCAACGGCAAUAGUUAUCUAAUGUUAAAUAUUAAGUUGCAGAAUAACAGUGAAAUAUGUGUUCUCUGUUAGGCAAAGAAAGGAAAUUACAACAGAACUGUCCUCUCCAUCUCUGGUGAAGCAUAACCAAAUGUCUGGGAAAGUUUACCUUUUUGUUAAGUAUUUUCCGUCCCCAGGAUCGUGUAUUUGUCACAGGAAAGGAGGGAAAACAGUUGUGCACAUCAAAGAGUCUUAAAAGUGUUGAUGCCGGAACAUUCCUAAGAUGACCACAAAGGCUUUGUCGCUCUGUGUACACUUCUCAAACUUCCAACAUCUCCAGUUUCCUGCGGUCCUCUGCAGCUCAGUGGAAUUCCAAGUGUUGAUAGAAAGCCGCCUCGGGCAUCUUCAGAUUCCUGAAAUGAACUCCUCACACAUACGCUUAUAUUUCAGGGAUUUCUCUGGAGAACGUAACCCACAGUGGUAUAUGAUGAGCGCUGCAAGCAACUUAUAAUAUAAAGUGAUUGCAAGCA